GUCAUGUGACGGGCACUUGACAACAGCGUCAUCAUGGCUGACAGAUGAAGCUUCAAGAAAAAUAAAAACAGAAACCCGUCGUUUAAUAAACUGCGAAAAUGGACAGUGGUAUGAAUAAUUUAGAAGCUUUAGUUGAAGAUGAAGAUGAGGAGAUUGAUAACGAAGAAGAGCCAGAAGAAGCAGGAGUUCUUCAAAGUUCAGAAGAAUCUGGUAAUGAAGAUGAAGAUGGAAACGUAACGACGAAAGAAGCGAAUAAAUUUGAUAUUUUAUGCGAUGGCGUUGUUGGUUCGAUGGCAUUGGUCCAGACCAGUGUACAGGAAUUACUGGCGUUUAAAGAUGAAUUAAUAAAACAUGCUUUACCACCAUCAGUUCUUAUAAAAUUAACAACGGCCUGUGGACGAGUGUUCAGAAGUGUUAGUGAUCAGAGUAAACCAAUCAAUGAAUUAGUCCGAAUGGUUCAUGUUUAUUCGACACCUUGGGAGGAGAAGAGUGCAGCAUUAAAGAAAUUACACGAUGAUUACGAGAAUAAACAACGACAACUGAAUAUAGCUAUUAAACGAUUGCAGUUAGUAGAUGCACAUUCAAAGAGGAUAGCUAAAGAGAAGAGAAUAAUGAACUGGGAGAAAGUUUUUGCGAAGGUCACAAGUAAUAAAGGUCAUGGAAGAAGAUGGAAAUUUUUAAUAGAAACGAUCAAACAAAAAGCUAAAAUGGGGUUUGAACAUGUACAAGAAUAUACAAGGUCAUUAGAAGAAUCAUCUGCAUCUGAAUCCGAGGACGAGGAUGAAGAUACAAUGGUCGCUCAACAAUCAAGUCGUGACGUCGAUAGCAUGGAAGCCAGUAGUCUAGAUACCAGUCAGAAACAACAAUCAGAAACGGCUGUAGAGACUGAAGUAGAUGAAAGUCGAGGAGAAGUGGAAUCAGUUCAGUCUAGUGAGCCUGAAGAACCUGUUGUUGCCGAGACAACUGUAGAGCAAGUUGAAGAUCUAGUAGAAAGUGUUCAAAGUGUAGAAGAAGUAGAAAGUGGAACCGUUUCUCCCAAGAGGGUGAGAUUUGGAAGUGAACAAGCACCUGUUAUUGUGAAACCACCGACGACGGAGACGGCCGUAUGGACGGGAGAACCCGACUAUGAUGUUUAUCUUUAUGUGAGAAUAUUUCAACCACAAGGCCUGGAUAGUCACGACUUAAAAUGUUCGUUAACGUACGAUAAUCAGAUGUUUAAAACGGGUGUGUUGGAUUUACAGGAUGAGGUAGUAGAAGAUUUACCUGUUAGUCCAACUAGACCACCAGCUGCAGGUCGACAUCAAGCCGACAGAUCACCGCUAGUAGAAGAUCCACCACCUAAAAAUCAUGGAAAAUACGAAGAAUUCACAGUCAGUUUGGACGUUGAUGAUAUGAAAUCUACCAAAGAUGGAACAAGUUCAAAACCUAAACAUAUCCAGUUUGCUAUUCAACAUGGACAAUUUGAAGAAAUUAUUGCCAUGGCAACAGUAGAUGUAACAGAUUUACAACAAUUGGGCUUACAGACAGUUUAUCUACCAGCACCGAGAGGUGAUGAUGUCAUUUUACGAACAGAUGAUGACCAAGACUCGAUAGACUCUCUCUCGGAUUCCAUGGAUAUAUCAAUAAAUGAUGCUGCCUCAGAAAAAAGCCUCGCUAUUAAAGAUGAAGUGUUGAAGAACGUCGAUCCGAUUCCGUUUCCUCUGUUUUCACUGAAACCCGGUCGGGGUAGUACAGGGCCAGCAGGAUCUCUACCUGUUAUAUUUUAUUGGGGUAAAAGACCAAGGCCGCAAUAUUUCAACAGACAAUCAGGUACCUUGGGACUGAGUGAUCUAGUCUAUGAUUUGACGGGAAUAGAUUUACGAACUACAACAAAGGAAGAUUUACAUAAAGAAGCUCGUGAUAGAGCAAGUUCAGCGAUACAGUUUACUCCCGAACCCAGAGAGGAAACGGUUCUAAAAUGUGAAUUUGAUGCAAUACAGAUAAAACAUGAACAUGAAAUCGAAACUCUACAAAAUAAAUACGAAACAAGACUACAGGAAUUAAUGGACAAUUUACAAUCCAUGGUGGAACAACAGAAACAACAAAAAGUUAAAUCAGCAUCUCCUCGUCCAGCAUCAGUAGCUAGUAAUAGAAGUACCGGAUCAGUCAAGUCUAGCCGAUCUGUUAAGUCACGAUCCCAACCAUCACGUGCCACUCCUACUGUCUCUAGUCCCGUUAAACCAGCUACACCAGUUGAGGUUGCUAUGGCACCAGUCACUCCACCUGUUGUUAAAUCGGUACCAAGUUUACCAUCAAAACCAAAAACUGUCAGAGCACUACCUCUCCCAACACGUGUGAAUAAAAACUUUAAAGUUGGUAAACCAUUACCUAAAUGGGGUGAAAAUCUCCCACAAGAUUUUUUUGAGAGAUUAAAAUUAUUUGAGGAGGAGAGUAAAAUACGGAAACAAGAAUUAAACGAGAAAACACUAGAAGAAAUAAAAUCAAGUUUAGAACAGAAACUGGCCGGUCAACAUAAACUGAGUCAACGCGAGGAAGCAAUGUACGAUGCUUUAAAAGAUGUGAGUUUACCAGCAUUAUUUAUGCCGUAUAAAACAGGGAAUGUUUAUAAUCCACGAGCUCAUCAAUAUUUUCAUCCUACAGGUUCGACUGAUCUACGUUUAACACAACCUCCAUCCGUAUUUCAACUUCCUCCAUUAAAAUCAGGAGAUAAAAUGUCUGUAUUAAAUCUGUUUGAUUUGAGUAAAAAUUUUAAUAAACCAGCUGAAUCAUGGUUAAUGGAUCGUUAUAUACAGCAACAACAUCCCGUCCAACAGCCAGGCUUUCCGCGAUCUUCAGAACGAACUUUAUCGGGUUUUAAUCGCUCCACCCAGAAUACACCAAGAACCAAUCAAAUUGUUGAUUCCAAGUGCAGUAACUCGAUUAUAGAACGUCAACCACCAGAUGGAGCUAGGCAAGAUCAAGAAGUUGAAGCGUGAUCAAUCAUAAGACAUUAAUUAAUUUAUAAUUUCCGCAUAAUUGAAAAACUAUUUAUGUUGCUGUUUUUGAAGGCAAACAAGAUCCAGAACGCGAAAGCCUGAUCUUUUUUAAGAUAUAUUAAUUAAUUUAUAUUUUUCCGGAAUAAUUAAAAAACACAAAACGUCUCAGUGGCUGUUUCUGUCUGAUGUAGGUGUAGGCCAGAGUCUAUGAUACAUGUAUAUCAAGGUGGGGUGGGGGGGGGGAUAGUCAGAAUUUCUCAAGUUACAUUGUAUUGAGUUGUGUAAAAUGUUUGUCUAAACAUAUGUGGUGUGAGUAGAUUUGUGAUAAAAUUAAAUGUAUCAGCUGAUUGGUUGAGAUGGUAUCAUAUCCAGGUGGCGCAUUAAUCAGCUGUUCCGUAGUCUCAAUCUUAACUCAGACCACUCUAAAACCUCUGUGAUUACAUGCUCUACAUGUGUUAAUCUGGUGUUUCAUUGUCUCAGAAUUAACUCAGACCACUCUAAAACCUCUGUGAUUACAUGUCCUACAUUUGUUAAUCAGGUGUUCCAUAGUCUCAAUCUAAACUUACACCACUCUAAAACCUCUGUGGUUACAUGUCCCACAUAUGUUAAUCUCGUGUUCCAUUGUCUCGGACUUAACUUAGUCCACUCUAAAACCUCUGUGGUUACAUGUCCUACAUGUGUUAAUCUGGUGUUCCAUAGUCACAGACUUAACUCAGACAUCCUUCAAAGAAUUGUAUUUAGUGUAAUUAAUUAAUUAAUAUUUAAAGAUAUAUCAUGUAUUUGAUUGAUUCCACUGACAUCUGAUUACAGAAGUGAUUAGACUCAGUGACAUCACAUGUGACUGUUGCAUGUUUGCAUUACUUGUCAAGUUUUGUGAUAAUUUACGACAAAUACAUAUUUUCAUUUGCCAAAUUAUUAACAGCAUUAAAACAUUACUUUAGCUUAUAUUUUGAUAUAUUUAUGAGAAGUCAGAUAUUCCUGUAUUUUGAUAUUAUUAUACUGUAUGUGUGUACCAGAGUUUUCAUCAGUCGGUAGGGAAAGAUAUUUAUUUUAAAGAAUAUAACAAUCCUUAGCAUUAUCCCAAUUUUUUUAAAUAUUUUUUUUAAGGUUAACUCAAUGCUUUUAAGUAAAUUAUAACCGACAAAUGUGUCCAAAUUUUUAGUUUUUGUGAAGUUUAAAGGGCCAGUCCCGAUAAUAUUUUGGAGAAUAAAACUGCUUAAUUUUGUCUUAAAAUCCCUUAAAAUCCUCUACCUUAGGACCGAGCAACUAACUUAAUAUAUGUGAUACGUUUUCAAACAACUUAAACCUGUCUGGAAAUGGAGACUGGUGUCCUAAGCUGUAUUAUGCGGUGUCUGGAUAAAACAAGACCUUUAUUUUAUAAAAAUAAUGUGUCGGUGACAUUUACCUUUCACUAUCAUGUAUAACACAUGGGUCAUUCACUGUAUAAACCUCAAAAGGGAUGGGAAUCGAUUAUCAGGUCACCCAACGAAAAAAUUGACCCAAACUCAUAAAAGGGUUACGUGUCCGGAUAAGCAGUUGUGACGUUCACGUCCAAAUGACUCAAUAUUUUGCGCUGAAAUUUUGAGACGGGGUAAAUACACCAUUCCUCUAUAUUUUGGCGUUUAAAUUCCAUAUGUACUCGGGCUAGUCCCUUUAAAGUAUUUCUCUCCAUUCAUUCUGUAAACUCUUGUGAACAAAUCAUCCAUAAAACAGCUAGAUCUAUUUGUUAAGGCCAACUCAAUUUUCAUCAAGGUCGCUGAGAUGUAUAUAAGGUUAGGGCACAUGAUUGUUGGUGAGACUGUGGGUUAGGGUUAGGGUAAGUGCUAGAUCCAGAGUUAGGGUUGGGAUUAGUGCUAGCCCUGUUUACAUCUCAUGACCUUUGACCAAACUUGAAGUUGGCCUUAUCAGAUAGACCUAACUCCAUAAAACAAGGACCUCAGCCUACGACCUUGACCCUUCCUUUUAUAUCGGAUUUCUUAUCUCUGAUAUUACAUCUUCCAGCGUAACCUUUGAGUCAUGAUUUAGUACACUCGAGCCAAUCUGGAUGCUCCCCCAUUAACUUACAAUACAUAACUUUAGUUGUCUCCCAUUAAUUUACAAUACAUAACUCUGUGAUUUAGUUGUCUCCCGUUAACUUCUGUGAUUUAGUUGUGAUGGUCAAAGCUUGUUUUCUGUAAACUGUUGUAAAAUACUUCGUAAUCCAUUGUAAAUUUAUUGAUAACUGUAGAUUGUUACUUAUUCUUAAUGAGCUGUGAUAUUUCUAUUUAUUUUUUUUGAUAAAUAAAUUUAUUGUGACGGUAGUGGUUUUUGUAGGUUAGUUUUGACUUCUUGUUAAUGUAUAUGAUCUGAUUAAAACACAG